AUUGCUUUUUACAAAGGUUGGACUUGUACGCACUGGCUUUUCUGUCAACCUAUUCGAGUUGACCCCUUUGAAUGGAGGAACCCAAAAUCUGUCCUGUGAACAGCUUCUACCAAAGAAUCCUUCUGCCAGCCUCCUACAGCCUCGUGUUUCUGCUGGGUCUGGCGUUAAACGGCGCCCUGCUGUGGUGCCUGCGUUUCCGGGCGCGCCGCGCUUGCAGCACGGUGAUCUACAUGAGCAACCUCGCCGUGGCUGAUCUGUUCUACGUCCUGGCCCUGCCUCCGCUCAUCAUCAGCAACGCAAUGGGAGACAUGUGGCCGUUCGGCAACAUCAUCUGCAAAACCGUCAGAUUCUUCUUCCUGGGCAACCUCCACUGUAGCGUGAUGUUUCUCACCUGCGUCAGCGUUCACCGGUUCCUUGGAGUGUGCCACCCCAUCGUCUCCGUGCGUCUCAGGACCAAAAAACUCGCCCUCUAUACGUCAGGGUCCGUUUGGAUACUGGCCAAUGCAGAGGUUAUACCCACACUUGUGUUUACGCACACGGGUGUGAUCAAUAACAUGACUGUGUGCUUUGAAAUGACAAAUCCGGGGGGGUUUAAGGCGUAUUUUCCAUAUGGGCUGUUUUUAUCACUAGCGUUUCUGAUCCAAUUCUUAGUCACCGUCACCUGUUACUGCGCCAUGAUCAGGACGCUCGGGGUCGCGAACUGCAUCGCCAAUGUCAGGGCGGCGCGUAUGCGUAAAAGGUCUCUCCACACUCUCUUAGUCGUGUCUUUGGUGUUUGUAGUGUGUUUUGUGCCUUAUCACAUUGCGCGCACUGUCUACUUGUUUGUGAGAGUUUACAGGCCACUAAACUGUUCUCUGCUGAACGUUGCCAUGAUCUGCUACAAAGUCUGGAAACCGGUAGUCAGUUUCAACUGCUGCGCAAAUCCCCUCCUCUACUUUUGCGGCUCUGGUCGGCACCGUCAGAGGCUCCGGGCCUGGCUGUGGAGGAGAAAGAGGAGAGUACAUCCCAGCGUGUGUCCGGUGGAUAUAGACAGCACAAAGAGGUCCGCAGACUAGAGAACAUCCAGCAGAGGAUUCGCUUGUCUGCAGGCUACGGUGACUUUUAUCACGGAUCAGUGGGCCACAAUGAUACGGAUUCCACUGACAAUGUCUAUAAGCUGUGUUU